AUGCCAUUUCAACUGUAUUGGGAGAGUACAAAUAAGCUCCUCUUCCCGAAUGCGACAGUCGGUUCUCUGAUUCAGCACCACAUCCAGCACACAGCGAAGUCAGCUGGGCUGCCCCUUCCGCCGGGACCUCGAUCACUGCCAUUCAUUGGGAAUAUUGGUGACAUUGACGUAGUGCAUCCAUGGCGUACAUAUAGUGAAUGGAAGGACAAAUACGGUCCCAUUGUAUCAUGUCGUCUGAUCGGCCAGACCGUCGUCAUAAUCAACUCUGAGAAAAUUGCACGCCAACUCCUUGAUCAGCGCUCAGCGAUAUACUCUGACCGUCCUGCGGGUCCUUUUCUUCCGUAUGGAGAUACACUCCGGCUUCAUCGACGAUUGUUUCACCAAGCACUGCGAGCUGACGCAGCAGAUUCUUAUCGAGAUCUCUAUUUGGACAAGGCUCGCCAAUUGUUAUCUAACCUUCUUAACUCUCCUGAGGCGUUCGAGAAGCACCUUUUCCUAUACACAGCUUCGAUUAUCAUGUCGGUAACGUACGGACACGAUAAAGUCUCUUGGGAUGCUCCCCCAAUUAAAUCUGUCGCCGAACUUGUGGAACUAAUAAAUGUUGGCCUUGUACCUGAAAGGAGUGCAAUACUCACGGCAUUUCCUAUACUUACGCGACUACCUGCCUGGUUUCCGGGUGCAUCAUUCCAGCGUAUUGCCCAGCGUACACGGAAGCUCGCACUUGAGUCCAUGAAUGAACCAUUUGAAUACGUAAAAAGGAACAUGGCCGCCGGAAAUGCACCGAAGUCAUUGGUGUCGGAUCUUUUGACUGAAAUGGACGAGGGGAAGGAGGCUUUUCCAGAACAGGCAGUGAAACAAAUUGCCUUGACUGUCUUUGUUGGUUACUCUUCUACGUUGUCCUCUUUCAUACUAGCGAUGGUUUUGCACCCUGAGGCUCAGCGGCUCGCUCAACAAGAAAUUGAUUCUGUCGUUGGCGUCGAUAGGCUACCGGAUUUUUACGACCGACCAUCUUUGAAGUACGUGGAGGCAGUUUUUCGGGAAGCUAUUCGUUGGCACGUCGUUGCACCACUUGGUAUUCCUCAUGCAACAUCAAGUGAUGACGUCUUCGGGGGCUAUUUCAUUCCAAAAGGCUCUCUUAUUCUGCCUAAUAUAUGGUACGUAGAAGGACACGAUGAUCCUGAUAUUUUCAAACCAGAGAGGCAUUUUGCAAGUGACGGGACACUUUUGCCAGACACGAUAGCGGCUAAACCUAUGUGGGGUUUUGGAAGGAGAGGGUGCCCAGGGCGUUUCAUUGCCGAAGCUGCGACAUGGAGUGCGGUGGUGCAUCUCCUUGCAGCGUUCCGGAUAACAAAGGCAAAAGAUGAAACAGGGAAAGAAAUUGAAGUGAAGGAAGAGUUCACAUCUGGAGUGGUCUGCCGACCUGUGCCGUUUCAAUGUUCUUUUGUCCUCCGAUCAACGGCAAGGGAGAAGGCAAUCCGCUUGGGCGAUUGA